UCAACAGCAAUACUAGUCGACUCAUGCCAUCCUCCUGCCAUACCUCCGCUACGCGUUGAAGCCCAUACUGUCUCAGGACUGCGAACGCCUUGCUCCGUUAUGGCAGCGGCACAGCCACCGAGACGACCAGUCGAUUUGGAGCUCGUCGAGGCUGGCGCGUAUGCUCUUGAAGCCGCAGGUGCUGUUGAAGCAUACGAAACUCCUUCUACUGUUUUGGUGUCGCUCAUGCUUUCUCGUCGUUGUCGACGUCUGGUGGUGGUCGCCGAAUCUUGGGGAGGAAUCGACAAGAUGGGCCUGGAAUUGGGAGAACGCCGGGCGGGAGGUGGGGUUGCGCUGGAAGAUAUGGAUGGGGUUGUUGGUAGAGGGAUGAUUCUACCGGUGCGGCGGUUAAAACCGCGCGAGAGGGUGGUGUAUUAG